GGCCAAGAAGAGGUGAGAUAGAGAAGAGAACAGUGUAGAACCUAAGACUUAAUCUUAAUGUAAAUUCUUGCACCAGGAUGGAGGGGGAACCUUACCACAAUGUAACCACCGUCAACAGCACCCCAGUAAAUCACCAGCCUUUGGAACGCCACGGGUUGUGGGAAGUCAUCACCAUCGCGGCUGUGACUGCCGUCCUCAGCCUGAUGACCAUCGUGGGCAACGUUUUGGUCAUGAUCUCCUUCAAAGUCAACAGUCAGCUCAAGACAGUCAACAACUAUUACCUGCUCAGCUUAGCCUGUGCAGAUCUCAUCAUUGGCAUCUUCUCCAUGAACCUCUACACAACCUACAUCCUCAUGGGACGCUGGGCUCUCGGGAGUCUGGCCUGUGACCUUUGGCUUGCACUCGAUUACGUGGCCAGCAAUGCUUCUGUCAUGAACCUCCUGGUGAUCAGCUUUGACCGUUACUUUUCCAUCACAAGACCCCUGACGUAUCGGGCCAAGCGUACCCCAAAGAGGGCUGGCAUCAUGAUCGGCCUGGCCUGGCUUAUCUCCUUCAUCCUCUGGGCCCCAGCAAUCCUCUGUUGGCAGUACUUGGUUGGGAAGCGGACCGUCCCACCAGAUGAGUGCCAGAUCCAGUUCCUCUCUGAGCCCACCAUCACCUUCGGCACUGCCAUCGCUGCCUUCUACAUCCCUGUUUCUGUCAUGACCAUCCUCUACUGCCGAAUCUACCGGGAAACAGAGAAGCGAACCAAAGACCUGGCUGACCUCCAGGGCUCUGACUCCGUGGCCAACGCUGAGAAGAGAAAGCCGGCCCACAGGGCUCUGCUCAGAUCCUGCCUCAGCUGCCCUCGACCCGCCCUGGCCCAGAGGGAAAGGAACCAGGCCUCCUGGUCAUCCUCCCGCAGGAGCACCUCCACCACUGGGAAGCCAUCCCAAGGCACUGGCCCAAGUCCUGACUGGACCAAAGCUGAGCAGCUCACCACCUGUAGCAGCUACCCCUCCUCAGAGGAUGAGGACAAGCCCACCACUGACCCUGUUUUCCAAGUGGUCUACAAGAGUCAGGCCAAGGAAAGCCCAAGGGAUGAAUUCAGUGCUGAAGAGACCAAGGAAACUUUUGUGAAAGCUCAGACUGAACAAAAUGACUAUGACACCCCAAAAUACUUCCUGUCUCCAGCUGCUGCUCAUAGACCCAAGAGUCAGAAAUGUGUGGCCUAUAAAUUCCGAUUGGUGGUAAAAGCUGAUGGGACCCAGGAGACCAGUAACGGCUGUCACAAAGUGAAAAUCAUGCCCUGCUCCUUCCCCGUGGCCAAGGACCCUUCAACGAAAGGCCUCGAUCCCAACCUCAGUCAUCAAAUGACGAAACGAAAGAGAAUGGUCCUAGUCAAAGAGAGGAAAGCAGCCCAGACCUUGAGCGCCAUUCUCCUGGCCUUCAUCCUCACGUGGACCCCUUAUAACAUCAUGGUCCUAGUUUCCACCUUCUGUGACAAGUGUGUCCCAGUCACCCUGUGGCACUUGGGCUACUGGUUGUGCUAUGUCAAUAGCACUGUCAACCCCAUCUGCUAUGCCCUCUGCAACAGAACCUUCAGGAAGACCUUUAAGAUGCUGCUUCUCUGCCGAUGGAAAAAGAAAAAAGUGGAAGAGAAGUUGUACUGGCAAGGGAACAGCAAGCUACCCUGAAAAGCUGGCAACUCCUCUCAGCAGGACAAUGACGAUAGUCAACUUCCUCUGAGGAUGGGCAAGCUGAUUCUCAUUUGUGUAUUUUUUUAAAAGACAUCUGUCAUUUUGAGCCCCCAAGGAGUUUUGUGAAGGCACAAGGUCUUUUGUCAAAAGAAAGGAGUCACAGCUGCAGCAAUUGCUGUCAUAUUGAAUGAUUCUUGCCUAUGACCAAGGCCACCUGAUGCCACUGGAGUUUGCCAAUGAAGUAAAGAGAGACUCAGAGCCCUUCACAGGAGGAAGCACACUGGGUCACAGGGAGCAAUGGUUUAAGGAACUUUUGUCAGCCUGCUGUGGGAAACAGCAGGGACCAGGUGGAAACCGUCCCCUACAGAAACCUGUCCUAGAGUUUUGUGCAAUAUGUAUGUGUCUAUGAAGUUGUCUUGUGCCAGUGAGAACCAGAGACUGUAAAUCAGUGUUACCUGUUAACAAAAGUGAUUAUUCAACUGGCUUCUAAGAAUAUAUUCUCAAACUGAUCAGUAUUCAUCACACAGCUACCAUGUGGUCUGUAUGGUGGUAUGUUUUCCUGUCCCUCCAUCUGAGUGUGGCUCUUUCUCUUCCCUUUUAUAACAGAGGCCAAUUCCUGGUACUCACUGAAACCAUGUUGAUCCCUACAUAACCAUCCUUCCUCUGAGAAUCCGGGCUCCAGAAGGACACUGAAACCUGGUUGCUUCUGUUCUGCUAAUAAAGAUGGUCAAGUCUCC